AAAAAAACAUCUCGUGAUCAUUUAUUAACUCUAGAAAAUUAUAGCCGUAUUCAUUACUACAAACAACAACCUCGCCAUUAUUAGAAAACCCCCUUCUCUUUUCUGUUUUCACACUUCACAUUUCAUUUCUAUGGAGAAGAAUUUUGUAAAACUAUUUCUGGUGCUAAUAUUUCUCAGCUCAUUGCAACUGCUUCAAGCUUCUGGAGAAAAAAAUCCACAACAGAAGUUGAGAUUUGAUAGCAAAAAUGGGGAAUUUAGGAUACUGCAGGUGGCGGAUAUGCAUUACGGAAAUGGAAAAUCGACGCCGUGUGAGGAUGUGCUGCCGCAGCAGAUGUCUUCCUGUUCCGAUCUUAAUACCACUGCUUUCAUUCUCCGUAUGAUUCAUGCCGAGAAACCUCAUCUCAUCGUUUUCACCGGGGACAACAUUUUCGGAUAUGAUGCAACGGACGCUGCAAAAUCCAUGGAUGCUGCCUUUGCUCCUGCAAUUUCUUCAAACAUACCAUGGGCUGCUAUACUAGGAAAUCAUGACCAAGAAUCUACACUUUCGAGGGAAGGCGUAAUGAAACAUAUUGUUGGCAUGAAAAAUACCUUAUCUCAGCUGAAUCCUCGUGAAUUUCCAGAUAUUGAUGGUUUUGGAAAUUAUAAUUUGGAAGUCCAUGGGACUGAGGGUUCCGAGCUGGCUAAUAAAUCCGUUCUCAAUCUAUAUUUCCUUGACAGUGGAGACUACUCUACUGUCCCAUCCAGGAUCCCUGGUUAUGGUUGGAUUAAACCUUCUCAACAGCUUUGGUUUCAACGCACAUCUAAGAAGCUUAAGAAAACUUACAUGUACAAUUCAAGUGCUAAGAAGGCUCCUGCUCCAGGCCUUGCCUACUUUCAUAUUCCGCUGCCUGAAUAUGCAAGCUUUGACUCAUCAAACUUCACAGGGGUUAGACAAGAAGGCAUAAGCUCUGCUUCAAUAAAUUCAGGCUUCUUCACCACUAUGGUGGAAGCUGGUGAUGUAAAGGCCGUAUUCACUGGCCAUGAUCACAUAAAUGAUUUUUGUGGAAAGUUGAUGGACAUAAAUCUUUGCUAUGCUGGAGGCUUUGGAUAUCAUGCGUAUGGGAAGGACGGAUGGUCGAGGAGGGCAAGGAUGGUAGCAGUAUCUUUGGAGAAAACAGGGAAAGGAGGAUGGGGAGCUGUCAAAUCUAUUAAAACAUGGAAGCGACUUGAUGAUGAACAUCUUACUAUCAUCGAUAGUCAGGUGCUUUGGAGCAAGAGCUCUGCUGGUAAGGUUCUGAGAGGGUACUCGUAGAAAAAAGCCUAUUGGCCACCAGUAAGAAGAGUCUUACUACUGAAGCAUGAGCAAAAAUUGUUAGCAGAGGCUUCUUCAAUUCAUAUCUAUUGGAAAGGUUGUACCUGUUGUCAGGGUUAUUUACUCAGGUCAAAAGUUCUUUAAUGUGUAAUGCUUAAAGGUAAUGUAGGAGCAAUAUAUGCAGGUCACAUUCAGAGAAGAAAAAUAGGGACCAAAUGAUGUAUUGAAGAAAGAUUAAUAUAGUUUGCAUUUCAAAGAGAUGUACUAAAAGACAUGAACUAUUUUGUAGGACUUGCGUCCAAAUAUAAAGACGUUAUGCAUUUCCAUUGAUACGAUUAUUCUAUUUAAGAAA